AUGUCAGGGAGCACAGUGGCGCUCGAGACAGCGCUCUUGACUGGAUCAAGAUUAUGUCUCUUCUUUGCGUGCAGAAAGUACCUGCUACGUAAUCUCUAUCACGAUCUCCAGGACCUCUCAGCGCACUCGUCAAACGACACCGGAAUCCCACUGGAUGACACAGGCGUUGAGCUCGAUACACUGCCGACGUCCACAACGACUCCGUCGACGAGACGUGAUGCAGUAGUAGUAGCAAAACGGCCGUUCCAUUCAACAAUCUCAAGGGCUAUGUUCUCUUUGUGCUUCUCAGAGAGCUGCACCAUGUUUCUGCUCCUAAUGUGCCAAGCAAUAGAUAUAUUCCACGUCCGCGCACGACUUCUCAACUGGAAUAUCUCGCUAUCCCUGCUAUUAGCAGCCAUCUUAGCUCUGAUACCGUUGUCAUAUAGCCUCGUCUUGAGUGACAGAAUGCAUAUGCGACAACGUCCAUCCGCCCUGCGCGUAUGCCUCAAUAUGGUACCCGUCGGCUUGUUCCUAUUUUUCCUAUCAUAUAUUCCCCUGCCAUCCGCACUACCAUCGGCCAAUAUCGUAGUAACAGCUCUGUCGCGCCUGACCGUGUUGGGGACAAUUAUUUUGGGCGCCCUGUCUGGUUUCGGUGCUAUCAAUACGGCGUGGACUUUUUUCCCCGUACCAUUCCCCACGGAAGAAGACGUACGGAUAGCAGACGACGGACUUCGCCGGAUACAACAUGAUCUUUUACAGCGCCGCGCGGACGUGCAGAAGCUAGAAGCCGCUCAGCAACCCGACCCGGAUGCCAGCUGGUUCUCCAAGAUGAUGCCCAGCUUCAGUGGAGACCCUCAGCUCUCCUCGGUGCGGCAGGAACUCAGCGGACUCGAAGCGCUUGAGUACCAAAUGUCCCGCAACCUCGAGCAACUCAAGCAGCGUCAGGCAGACGCCAAGUUCGCGCGGACGCUCGCCGGCAAGGCGUUCAACUGGGGCGGCCGCCUCUUCGCCCUAUAUUGCGCAUACCGCAUCAUCAACUCCAUCCUGAAUCUCCUGCUUCCCUCGCGCCGGUCGUCAGACCCAGAAGAGGCGGCCAAGGCAGGCGCGGACAUGAUCAGCAUGGGGCUCGCGUACCUCGUUGGGCUCCUCCCGUCCGUGCACAUCCCACCGGAAGACGUAGCUGUCAUCUCUCGGCAGAUCAGCCUCGCGUUGGUCGGCGUGAUCAUCCUGAGCAGUUUGCGCCUUGUGCUACGCGGCGUGGCGAGAGUCCUGCGUGUGACGAGUCGUAAUUUGGGCGCGUCGCUCAUGCUGCUUAUCCUCGCGCAGCUGAUGGGUAUCUACCUGCUGUCGACGCUUGUUCAGCUGCGCACAUCGUUCCCGCCACCACCAGUGCGACCAGACACAGGCGCAAACGAGGACUCAGUGAACCUAUUCUCAACAUUGCCUGAGUAUCAACUAUUCGGCGCGCUGUUCGAUGGCUCAUUCUUAAUUGCGGCUGGCGCAAGCGCUCUCGUGCGGUGGUUCAGCGAUAGGAUCAACAGACUGAGUGAAGAAUAG